UGUGCCCCCGGUGCUGCAGACGACGGCAUGGCGAGCACGGAGGCCAGAAGGGAGUGUGAGACGGAGGGCUGCAGCAGCGACGCUAAGCUCCAGUGUCCCACCUGCAUCAAGCUCGGCAUCCAGGGCUCCUACUUCUGCUCGCAGGAAUGUUUUAAGGGCAGCUGGACGUCCCACAAGCUGCUGCACAAAAAAGCCAAGGAAGACAAGAACCAGACGGAAGCUAAGAACUGUGUGGAGAAGGACGCCAACACAGACCCAUGGCCAGGAUACCGUUACACAGGAAAGCUGCGGCCACACUACCCCCUGACUCCUCUGAGACCUGUUCCAGGGGACAUCCAAAGACCCGACUAUGCGGACCAUCCCAGAGGGAUGUCUGAGUCUGAGCAGUUCCUGAAGGGGACAUCUCAGAUCAAGAUCCUGUCCCCCGAGGACAUCGAAGCCAUGAGGCUGGUGUGCAAGCUGGCCCGAGAAGUGCUGGACAUCGCAGCUGUGAUGGUGAAGCCGGGGGUCACGACAGAAGAAAUCGACCACGCCGUUCAUCUGGCCUGCGUGGCGAGGAAGUGCUAUCCCUCGCCUCUGAACUACUACAACUUCCCCAAGUCCUGCUGCACGUCCGUCAACGAGGUGAUCUGCCACGGCAUCCCGGACAGACGGCCUCUGCAGGACGGAGACAUCCUCAACGUGGACAUCACCGUCUACCACAACGGUUUUCACGGCGACCUGAACGAGACCUUCUUCGUGGGCGAGGUGGACGACGGAGCCAAGAAGCUGGUGCAGACGACGUACGAGUGCCUCAUGCAAGCCAUCGACUCCGUGAAGCCUGGCGUUCGCUACAGAGAGCUGGGUAACAUCAUCCAGAAGCACGCUCAGGCCAACGGCUUCUCAGUGGUGCGGAGCUACUGCGGCCACGGCAUCCACAGGCUGUUCCACACGGCGCCCAACGUGCCGCAUUACGCCAAGAACAAGGCGGUGGGCGUCAUAAAGCCGGGUCACGUGUUCACCAUCGAGCCUAUGAUCUGUGAGGGCGGCUGGCAGGACGAGACGUGGCCCGACGGCUGGACGGCGGUGACCCGGGACGGCAGGCGGUCGGCUCAGUUCGAGCACACCCUGCUGGUGACGGAGACCGGCUGUGAGAUCCUCACCUGUCGCCCGGAGGACAACGGACGCGCUCACUUCCUGAGCCAGAUGUAGGCUCCGCCGGAACCGGCUGCAGGGACUGGACCUGUCACGCAAACACACCCACAACCCAAACCAAGAGGCACCGCUCCCGGGCUCCGAGGGGCUCUAAAUUAAAAUCGGUUCCUCAAAUGAAAUGGAAGUACUUGAAUGUCUUACGCGAGAAGAAAGCUUUAUUAGCUCCAUCCUGUGGAGGAGGCCCGUCGUCUCGCCGGACCGCGCGGUCCAGCCGCUUCUUGUUGAGCUAACUCGGCCAGAACCGCACGGUUCCCGUCUUUUCUGUCCGCCUCUGACUGCCAGAGACGGGCUGAAGAGGAGCCGCGGUACCGGCGCCGAGGAGAGACCAACAAACGGCACCAAGCAGGACCUAGAACAAUUGGCAACGCUCCAUAAUAUAAAUACAACCCAUGCUGUUCCAGAACCAGAGGAAGGUCCAGAAUGUAGCUGGUUCCGUUCAGAGUUUAUGCGGAAGGUACCAGAAGCCUUCCUGGAACGUUACUGGGAACCUUGUGGAACUACAGAACCUGUAGGAGAGGUUCCCAGUAAGCUCCAGGGAGGUUCUGGGAACCGCGCGGACUGUUAUUAGUGCUACCGGGUCCGGUUGGGGCUGCAGAAGUUCAGAAGUUCAGGUUUGCUGUAAGGCAGAGCUUUAAAUCACAGAAGAAAGGUCCGAAGGUUAGAGCUGCUCUGGGAUCAGUGAGCAGCGGCGGUCAUCUCUUCAGAACCGAGCGGAACCAGCGUAACGGGUUCAGGGCUCUGGGUCUGGGUCAUAGCUGCUGACGGGGGCGAGGUUCUGACCCGUGGGUCCUCCUCGGCCGGUCCACGGUACCAUUAGCCCUGGUGUAGCAUAACGAGCCUUAAUGGAUCUCUGAGCUGAAGCUGCCUGCGCCCUUCACCUUCAUGCUGUGAUCAGCCUCUGCAUUCGUUAUUUCUGUCUCAUCAGAGGACCGAUCGUUGUUUCUCUGCACUCUUUGUACUUCUGAUGGAGUAAUAAAGGACUCUUCUGUA